UCAUGUUCCCCCCUCCCCAAACACAACAGAGGAACUGCACCUCACAGCGCAAGGAAGAUCUACUCAAGGUUACUUCUGGACAUGGAGCAUCGGGACUGGUGAGUUGUGCGGCUGAGUUGUCCCCCGCCAUGUGCAAAGUGUCCCCUGCCUCACUCUUCAUGAGUCACCAACACACCACCCUACUCAACUCAUUCAUCUCAACAGGGCAGCCAGGGGGAGUAGCACCUGGCUCCCUAUCCCCCCACUCAGAACUGGCAUCAGGCAAACACAACCCCCUAUCCCCCUUCCCACUCUCUCUUCCGCUCACCCUUCCCCACCCACACAGUGGCCAACUGGCAGCAGCCGCCCUGGCCAUGAAGCUGCAGCUACUCGCCCGACACAACCUCUCAGCCUGAUAUGCACUCACCAAUGGCCACUUCGCUUCAUUAUUCUCAAUGUAGUCUUUUCAAAAGUUUCUAUCCAAAUUUAAGAACGUUUAUCUCUAAAUUCAAACUCAAGUCAUAAAUUACUUCA